AUAUGCUACGGUUAGAAACUGGAGCAAAGCAAAAGAAGUUGAUUAUUUGAGCAAAAACAUAAAAUAAUAAAAUAGUGAAGAAGAAGAAGAAAAAAUAUAUAAAUUAAAGCAUAUAAACAACACAAGAACAAGAUUUUAAUGAUUUGCAAGUGUUUUCUAACUUCAGCUUUGGUUUAAGAUCAACAAACAUUAUUGGAUAAAGAUCGAGAAUGUGUAAAAAAUGUAAAUUGUGGGCCUUUAUGGCUUGCAUUAACAUCAUAAGUGCCGCCAGUAUAAAGGUGCCGGUAGUACCAAUACCAGUACCAGUGUCAUUGUCAUCACAAUCAACAUCACCCCAUACCACAACUUCUGCGAAGCCCUCGACUUUAUUGUUACCUUCAGGUUUUGAUCCUCAAUUACCACCUCGCCAACCCAUGUUAUAUCCCUUUGUGGUACCUUCAUCGGUCAAACCUUCGCCGCCUACCCUUCAGUCCAUUGGCCCCUUCAUAACACCUGGUUGGAUACCCAUAUCCUCGAGCAAUAUCAAGGAUAUACCUCAAUACUCCUCAAGCAGCACAACGACUACAACAACGACAUCAACAACCACAACCACGCCAAGACCUUAUAUUCCUCCUGUUUUGGAAGAUCGCAUUUCAAAAUAUAUUUUGGAGAGCAAUGAAAAUGGUCCUGUUUUCGAAUCAAUCGUUUAUGGCACUUGGAAGCCAGAUCCGCCUUUGCAACCGGUCGGCCUACAGAAUGGCACAACAACAAAAACAUCAAUGUUCAUCAGACCGCAGCAAGCUGCAGCUGUUACCACUGACGACAAUACCGGUGGCAUCAUUGACAAUGAUGCAUCCGAUGGAAAAGUUUUCAAUAAAACCAUCAACAGACAACAUGGCGGUUUCAUUGACAAUAAACAACAGAAUCCAAUAAAAUUUGAAAAUGAUGCUCAAGACAAGACCACAUCAACUUUGCCACUAUUGGAACAGAAAUCUUCAAAAGAAUCUAAAGGUGGUGUUGAACAAAAACCAAGUUCUUUUAGAAAAGCCAUUAAAAAACAAGGUCGUCAAAAAAUACGUCCAAAAUCCAAAGUGACAAAUGCAUUGUCAGCGACAACUGACACAGCAACAACUGCCACAGCGACAACUGCCACGUCCAAAGCAACAUCCCACCAAGCGUACAUACCCACUAUUGAUAGUACAGAACCAAGUAGUACAACAAUCGAAGAUGUCAUAAAAGUCAACACAAAUGUCCCCAUGGAGGUGGUUCGUCAGAUUAAUGAUUCCAUAGAAAUAAAGUACAAUCAUAAACAAACCUCAAGACAUUCCAUUGAGAUGACAGCAGCCCAUGAACGCUACAACAAUCAUCGCAGCGAAGACAACGAAGACAUCGAUGAUCAUGGCAAUGCGGGGGAUGAGGACGACUAUGUGGAGCUUGUAACGAAAACGUUGACGGAUUCCAAAAAUGACAAUGCGCAAUUGCAGGAAGAUGAAGAUAUCAGUGUCAUACGCAUGAAUUGGCCAACGGAUUUUAUGGAAGUGCAAGUGGCUUCGAAUAACUUAACUGAGCAGGCAUCGGAGGAGGAAUAUGAUAACGAGUCAUCCUCUCAGACCGCUCAUACCAAUAGUGAUGAAUCCGAAUCUUCUGAACUACCCAUGGCCCUGAGUGCCUUGAAUAUUCCCCCCUCACUGUGGCCCAAAUUACCAGGGAACAUUACCAAAUUGGGAACACCGUAUGCAUCGCAAGGCUCAUUGGAGGAGCCCGCCAUCUGUGUACCCAUAACUGUGCGGGAGUUCAAUAUGAUGAAUUCCAAUGAGGUGGUUAACAUCGAAAGGGUAUUUUGCUUUCCCAUGCCAAGUGGCAUUACUAUGGCCAAGGAGACCAUGAAAUCGACGACUACAACAACAAGAAGUAGCAGUCAUCGUGGUCGUGGCACCUCCAGUCCUGUGAUUAGAGCAAGCAUUCAAAAUUAUGAAGAAUAUUUCGAAACCCAUCCCACAAAUGGUUCAACUGUUUGGCGGCCGAGUUCGAUUCACAUUUUAUGUUAUCUGUUGGCAUUUGUUCUAAAGUUAUUUCAAAAAUCUCAUUACAAAUAA